UUUCUCAAAAAUCAAUUUCUGUAUAAAUUAUCAUUUUACUAUACCCAUAGUAUAUCCAGCUUGCCAUUUAAACCUUGUUCAAGAAAUAAAUAGAUCUAUGUUUAUUAAUCCUUUAAUUAACUCAAGAGAUCUUCAUGGAAUGUUAUUUGAUAUGUAUGAUGCGUCUCUAUAAUGCCGUCACACUUUUGAUGGUACUGAUCGCGUUUAUUAUCUGCACAGUGCAAGGAAUAAAGGACGACAGUUCUCACUUCCUACUGGCCGUGAAUCUCCUGCUCAGUGGAAUGGUCAGCAUCGUUUGUAACUGGUGGUACAGAAAAAGUGAACUUAGCGCUGACAAGUACUGGUACAUCUUCCUCGUGUCCUCUGUCAUCAUCUUCCAGGCCAUAACAACGGACAUCUACGCCUUGCACAAGGCGGCCCCACCCAUAACGACGCGCGCACCCUUUACCCUGCCCUCGACCACGCCGUACACGGGAACCACCAUGACGUGGCGCACCAUCGUGCCCGGAAGUGGCUCCGUGACGCCGCCUACCUUCGCCUUUCUGCAGCACGUGACAACCAAACUGUACGAUACGCUGUAUCGGUGGUAGCUGCAGAGGACAAAACAGUUCUCCAAGUAGCAGUUGUUGUGUGAAAAAAGCGUUGAUUUAUGCGAAUACUCAAGACUUACAGAAUUUUCAACUAAAUACAUUUAUCAGAUUCGUGAACACGGAAUCUUUUUUUUUUCCAAAUUUUUACUAAUACAUACAUGUUAAACUCUAGUAAUCAAAUCGUACGUCUAAAACUGGAACUAUAAUGAAUAAAGAAAAUGCUUAUGCAAAAAAAUGAAUAUAUAACAGCUACAAAAUAAAAAUAAAAACAUAUUGUCGAGCAUAGCGAAUGCAACAGUUUUU